CCAGGAGGAGGGUGGGUCUCCAGAGAGCCGAGCGCUCCGAGUCUUCCUCCUCCUCCUGCCGCCCCGGCUCCGCCGCCGCCCGUCGGACUCGUCCUUCUGCCCCUCGCGGCGCGGAGCCUCCCAGACCACCGGCGCCGGGCUCUCUCCGGCCGAACCCAGCUCAGCCGCGGCUUCCGGAGCCCGCUGGGCGGCGGACCGGCUUGCGGUGCAGAUUCUUCUUAAGCCUUUGCCGAAAACUCUUUGACACAAGAUGGCUGCAAAUAAGCCCAAGGGUCAGAAUUCUUUGGCCUUACACAAAGUCAUCAUGGUGGGCAGUGGUGGUGUGGGCAAGUCCGCUCUGACCCUGCAGUUCAUGUAUGAUGAGUUUGUGGAGGACUACGAGCCUACCAAAGCGGACAGCUAUCGGAAGAAGGUCGUGCUGGAUGGGGAGGAAGUGCAGAUCGAUAUCUUGGAUACAGCCGGGCAGGAGGACUACGCUGCAAUUAGAGACAACUACUUUCGGAGCGGGGAGGGUUUCCUGUGUGUCUUCUCCAUUACAGAAAUGGAAUCCUUUGCAGCCACAGCCGACUUCAGGGAGCAGAUUUUAAGAGUAAAAGAAGAUGAGAAUGUUCCAUUUCUGCUGGUUGGUAACAAAUCAGACUUAGAAGAUAAAAGGCAGGUUUCUGUAGAAGAGGCGAAAACCAGAGCCGACCAGUGGAAUGUCAACUACGUGGAAACAUCUGCUAAAACUCGAGCUAAUGUUGACAAGGUAUUUUUUGACUUAAUGAGGGAAAUUCGAGCCAGAAAGAUGGAAGACAGCAAAGAAAAGAAUGGGAAAAAGAAGAGGAAAAGUUUAGCCAAGAGAAUCAGAGAAAGAUGCUGCAUUUUAUAAUCGAAGCCCAAACUCCUUUCUUAUCUUGACCAUACUAAUAAAUGUAAUUUAUAAGCAUUGCCAUCGAAGGCUCGAUUGACUGAAAUUACUUUAACGAUUUGGAAAUUGUUAUGUAUCACUAAAAGCAUGAAUUGGAACUGCACUGAGAGUCAAAUUCACUUAAAAAAAAAGAAAUUAAUGUGGCUUCGCCAAGAAGCAGAGUUCAACUUCUCUCAUAAUUGCCUCCAUUUCUCGCGGUCCUGAAUGUAGCGUGUGGGCUUGUGUGUCGCGGGCAGUCUUUCCGGAACUGUUAGUGCUGAGACUGGGUGGGAGGGACGGGAGGAAAGGCGCCUUCCUCUGGUUUAUUAUAAAGCUUCAAUUUUAUAUCGUUUUAACAUGUCUUGGUCUUCUACUGCCUUGAAAAAUGACAAUUGUGAACAUGGUAGUUAAACUGUACCACGUUUUUUUUAACCAUUGUUAUGCACAAUAUAGAAGAGAAGUUAUUGGCAUGAUUGUUGCAUCUAGUUAAACUGAGAGUAAUUCAUCUGUGAACCUGCAUCAGUUACCUGGUGAUUAACGUAGAAAAGUGGUGUAAACUUGUACAUGGAAAUGUUGGAAUAUGCCUUAAUUUAGAAACUGAAAAGUACCCGGUUGCGUCGUUCUGGGUGUACCCUCCGUGGUGCCGGGGGCCCGUUGCCCCACGUGCCCUGGGGAGGGGAUAUUCGCCUGGUAUGGAGUACCACUUGUGUAUCGAAGAUUCUCGAAAAAUAACUGUCUGCUAGGAGUCUGUCCAAACUUGAAAUGUGUGCCAUACUCUGGUUCUUGAAAGUCAGGGUCCAGAGAACCUUGAUCGCUUCUCAUUAACCGUAAAGUAGUUUGAGAUGAAGGGCCAGCAUAUACUUGUAAGAGAAUUUUAGACUGUGGGGAUUCAGCACAGCUCUCUUUCGGUGAACCGCCUUUUUCUGUAAGAUGCCGGCCCCCGGAACUCCUUUUUACAAGUGGCGAGCACGUGCUAAGCUGCCGGUCUCUCUGGAGCCGGGCACCGGAACGGCGUCAUUAGUGCAAUGAAUUUUGCACUAGAACACACUUCGGGACGGUGUGCGUGCCUGCCACCCGCUCGUUUCUACAUGUGCCCUUCGGAGGCGACAGUCUGGCUGCGGGAGAGUUACCUGGAGCCCGUGUUCAUGGUGGAGAACGCUGGAGCCCCAUUUUCCUGACAUUAACAUCAGGCAGCGGACCCCGCGUGCGGUGCCGAAGGCGUGUCUGGCAUCUGCAGACCGACCACGAGCCCCUGUCGCCCUGGCGUGCCCUGCCCGCUGGAGGACUUACGGCCUGCUGGGUGCGGACCUGACGUCAAUGGGAAAAUGUACCUCCGCCAAGAGUUUGCUUAUCUUCUUCGGAGCGGGGCUAAGACAGUUAGUUCGAUAAAGUUGGUCUUUCCUUUUGUUCAGUCCUAAUUUCAGCAAGUCAGAGGUGCAUUCGGGCAUCCCAGGUGACAGGUGUGUACGUGAAGUUAACAAAAAUAGGCUUUUUAGGAACUCAGCUCUUUAGGUAUUAUUACAUCUGACUUGUCAUGUUAACUAUUUGUCCUUAAAGGGUUUGAGAUGUACAUCUUUCAUUUCGUAUUCUUCGUAGGCUAUGCCACGUGCAGAAUUCAAGCUACCAACGGGACCCCGGCCCCGCGGGCCCGGCGGUCUCCACGCAUUCUCCUCCCAGGCUUAUUUAACCAGGGGUCCUAACCACUAACAUUGUGACUUUGCUUUGAGACCUUUCCUCUCCUGGGUACUGAGGUGCUAUGAAGCCAACUGACAAAGACGCGUCACAUGUCUUAGGCUGAUGCCACUACCCGAUUGGUUUAUUUGCAAUUUGAGCCAUUUAAAGACCAAUAAACUUCCUUUUUUAAAAUG